UGAGCGUCUCAAUAUUUCCUCUAACGCAUUCGUCGUGUCAGACGAAAUUCUUUCAAUAUCUAGAUACAACGUCUCAAUAUAGCAAUAUUAAUACGUAUGCUACUUAUAAAGAAAAACUAUUAAAAAAAAUCCUUCGAGAAAAAUGUUGAAAACGAUCGGGCUCAUUGUUUUGAGCGCGUUUUUCGUUUUUACAAUUGCGGAUGAUUCGACUUCGGACAAUCCAAUAGUAAAUGCACCCAUUGGAAAGAUUCGUGGAUCGAUCUUAACAUCGAGAUUGGGUAGAAAAAUUUAUUCGUUUCGAAGUGUAAGAUAUGCCGAACCUCCAGUCGGUCAACAAAGAUUUCAGGUUGCCAUACCAGCAAAAGAUUGGAAUGAUACAUACGAUGGUACUAAGGAAGGACCUGCAUGUAGUACCAUAACCGAGACACCUAUAUCCGAGGAUUGUUUACGUUUGAAUGUCUACACAACUAAAUUACCAUCGAAAAAUACAAAAGAUGGAAAUUUCAAAGGACGUCCAGUUCUAGUCUUCUUCCAUCCUGGUGGCUUCUACCUCUUUUCUGGUCAAUAUCGAUUUUUUGGUCCUGAAUAUAUCAUGGAUAAGGACAUUGUUUUAGUGACAUUGAACUAUCGACUUGGAACUUUAGGUUUCAUAAGUACAGGAGAUUCGCUUGCACCAGGAAAUUUGGGCUUGAAGGAUCAAGUCGUAGCUCUUCGUUGGAUUCAGAGAAACAUUGCAGCAUUCGGAGGAGAUCCCAACUCGGUUACUAUUGGUGGUUACAGUGUCGGAAGCAUCGCUGUGUUAUUACAUAUGUUGUCACCAAUGUCAAAGGGUCUCUUCCACAGAGGAAUUGCAAUGAGUGGUUCUCAUAUAUCAUUACAACCACUACCGACCGAACAGAAACACAUAGCCAAGAAACAGGCAGAAUUAUUAGGUUGUCCAACAGACACAACAGGAUCCAUGUUGAUCUGUUUAAAAUCUAAACCAAUCGAACGAUUUACUGAAACUAUGCCGCAACUUUUUGAAUGGUAUUGGAAUCCGAUGACAGUAUGGUCAGUAGUCGUAGAGCCAGAUAUACAGGGUGUUGAAAGAUUUUUAACUGCUCAACCUAUCGAUUUGAUCAGAGAAGGCAAGAUCCACGAAGUCCCUCUCAUUAUUGGUACUACCAAAGACGAAUUUGGUGGAUUGGUCACCGCUAUCGAAAGAUUAGUAAAAGCAGGAAAUACUUCGAUAUUAGAUGAUUUAAAUGAAAGGUGGGAUACUUUUGCGCCUAUCAGUUUUAUGUACGAAAGAGAUACACCUCGUUCGAAAUAUAUCAGUCAAGAAUUACGACGAUUCUAUUUCGGAAAUCAACCGAUCAGUCGAGAAUCAUAUGAUGGAAUAGGUCAGAUCAAUAGCGAUAGCAUUGUCGUAUUCCCAGUGCUUCGUGCCGCACGAUUGAUUGCUGAUAAUAGUAAACUUCCAGUAUAUUUCUACAGAUUUUCGUACGACGGACGUUUCAGUUUCUCUACAUGGAACGAAACUACUCCAUAUGGAACACCUGUACACCACGAUGAUCUGCAAUACUUAUUUUACAUGAGUGCCGUUUUCCCUUACUUCAACGCAUCCGAUCCGGAAAUUCAAAUGGUUGAACGUUAUACUGCAAUGUGGGCAAGUUUCGUAGAAACCGGUGAACCCAUUCCAAGCAAUGAUAAGAUGUUUAGUAACGUUAAGUGGGAGAGAUUCACAAAGGAGAAUGAUAAAUAUUUAAACAUUGAUUUACAUCCCACUAUGAAACAGGGUAUCUUUCCCGAAAGAAUGGCUCUAUGGGAACGAUUGUUCCCUUUGCCACCACCGUCUCACCCUAUCGAUUAUCAGAAAACGCCUCAAUAUUUUGUCGAGCGCGUUCAACGUGCACGACAAAGUUCUUUCAAAAAAAUUGUUAAAAAGAAUCCUUUGAGAAAAAUGUUAAAAACAAUCGGGCUCAUUGUUUUGAGCACGUUUUUCGUUUUUACAAUUGCGGAUGAUCCGACAUCGGAAAAUCCAAUAGUAAAUGCACCCAUUGGAAAGAUUCGUGGAUCGAUCUUAACAUCGAGAUUGGGUAGAAAAAUUUAUUCGUUUCGAAGUGUAAGAUAUGCCGAACCUCCAGUCGGUCAACAAAGAUUUCAGAUUGCCAUACCAGCAAAAGAUUGGAAUGAUACAUACGAUGGUACUAAGGAAGGACCUGCGUGUAGUACUUUAAGCAAGACACCUAUAUCCGAGGAUUGUUUACGUUUGAAUGUUUACACAACUAAAUUACCAUCGAAAAAUACAAAAGAUGAAAAUUUCAAAGGACGUCCAGUUUUGGUCUUCUUCCAUCCUGGUGGCUUCUAUAUAUUUUCUGGUCAAUAUCGAUUUUUUGGUCCUGAAUAUAUCAUGGAUCAGGACAUCGUCUUAGUAACAUUGAACUAUCGGCUUGGAACUUUAGGUUUCAUAAGUACAGGAGAUUCGCUUGCACCAGGAAAUUUGGGCUUGAAGGAUCAAGUCGUAGCUCUUCGUUGGAUUCAGAGAAACAUUGCAGCAUUCGGAGGAGACCCCAACUCGGUUACUAUUAGUGGUUACAGUGUCGGAAGCAUCUCUGUGUUAUUACACAUGUUAUCACCAAUGUCAAAAGGUCUUUUCCACAAAGCAAUUGCGAUGAGCGGUUCUCAUAUACUAUUAGAACCAAUCCCAACAGAGCAAAAACACUUAGCCAAAAAACAGGCAGAAUUAUUAGAUUGUCCAACAGACACAACAGGAUCCAUGUUGAUCUGUCUAAAAUCAAAACCAAUCGAACAAUUUACUGAAACUAUGCCGCAAUUUUUCGAAUGGUAUGGUGAUCCAAUCUUAAUAUGGAAAUGGGUCGUGGAGCCAGAAAUAGAAGGUGUUGAAAGAUUUUUAACUGGUCAACCUGCCGAUUUGAUCAGAGAAGGCAAGAUUCAUGAAGUUCCUCUCAUCAUUGGUAUCACCGAAGGCGAAUUUAGUGGUGUCGUUACAGGCAUCGAGAAAUUAGUCAAAGCAGGAAAUACAUCGAUAUUCGAUAAUCUAAAUACAAGAUGGGAUACCAUUGCGCCCAUCAGUUUUAUAUACGAAAGGGAUACACCUCGUUCGAAACAUAUCAGUCAAGAAUUGCGACAAUUCUAUUUCGGAGAUCAACCGAUCAGUCGAGAAUCAUACAAUGGAAUAUCUAAUAUCUACGCUGAUAGCGUUAUCAUAUUCCCAGUACAUCGUGCCGCUCAACUGAUUGCUGAUAAUAGUAAACUUCCAGUAUAUUUCUACAAAUUUUCAUACGAAGGACGUUUCAGUUUCGCCAUGUGGAACGAUACAACUCCAUACGGACCACCUGUACACCACGAUGAUCUGCAAUACUUAUUUUACAUGAGUGCCGUUUUCCCUUACUUCAACGCAUCCGAUCCGGAAAUUCAAAUGGUUGAACGUUAUACUGCAAUGUGGGCAAGUUUCGUAGAAACCGGUGAACCCAUUCCAAGCAAUGAUAAGAUGUUUAGUAACGUUAAGUGGGAGAGAUUCACAAAGGAGAAUGAUAAAUAUUUAAACAUUGAUUUACAUCCCACUAUGAAACAAGGUAUCUUUCCCGAAAGAAUGGCUCUAUGGGAACGAUUGUUCCCUUUGCCACCACCGUCUCACUCCAUCGAUUAUCAGAAAAGUCAAUAAAAUUUUGACUGUAAUAUCAUAAUGCAAUUAACGAAAUGUAUUUCGUAUAUGUAUACGUAUAUAUUUUUUUUUUAUGAAAUAAAGAGGAAUAGUACUACUA